AUGAAUGCCAGAUUAGCGAAUAGUGAUUCUGCCCUGGACCUUUCCGUCCUUAGCGACACAUCACCAUCAUAUUCGCUCCCGCCCCCUCCAGCACCUCAUCCAACCAUCGUGAGCCAAUUGGCUCCAGACGUGCUGGCCCUGCCUGCUAGCGUCAUUACUUUGCCGGGCUCAGAUAAGGUGCCCUUCCAUCUUUCAGCCUCAGGUAUGCCACCUUUCCCAUCCCCUCAGCUAGCUUGUCGCCUUUUCGCGACACGUUUAUGUAGGCCAUCUUGUUUUGGCAAACUUCACCACUGAGCGCGUCAACGGCAGCCUCGUGUUUAGGCAGUCGCCGCUCACACUGGAUCAGGUAUGUCCUAUCGCCGCCCUCUCCCAGCAAGUCUCUGUAGACCACCGAUUGUUCUGUUAGGUACACCGGCCGUACCUCUUCCAUCUCGCCGCCGUUCAUCAACACUUCUGCCUCGGAGUCUGAGUCAGUAGCUCAUGGCGGGGACUUGUUGAGCCAGCCCGUCCAUUUGUUGCUCAAGAAAGUCCGAGCUAGAGACGGCGACCAGGCACCAUUGUGUGUGGAAGGGCACAAUCUAUCAGAACUCGUCGCCUUUGCCGAAAGGCUUCGCCAUUUUCGUCGUAAAAUGGCCCUCUCACAAAGUCAAUUGUGUCAGCAACUUUCAUCUUGCUUUUCCGACCAACUGCGCUUCAGUCAGAGUUUCAUAUGCAGGUACGAGGCUGUGGAACUGGGUUCUGGUUCUCUAAACGUUUACAUUUUGUAAACUACACAAGUAUUUAACAUUCGGCCCUGUUGAUCCACUCCGCUUCCUUUCAGGUUUGAGAAGAUGCAUGUAACGCUGAGGACAGCCCUAAAUUCCCAGCCCUACCUUCGACGAUGGCUGGAACGCGCGGAGCUUCAGGCAGGCUCCAAUCUCCUCAUCGCCUCCGACCGAAAAGCUGUAGGGAAGUCUCGCUGUUCCGCUGAUGCACGUGUUGGACUCUCUUCUAAUACCGUCCCUGCCGCUCCACGGCCCACAACAUCAAUCGCGCAGGUAUACAACAUGCCAGUAUAGUGUUAUACACACACAUGCACAUGGCCGGUAACGUUAUUCAUCAUAUGUACUUAUGUUUUUAAGGCAAACACGUUAUUUGGGAAAAUUAGAAAACUUGAUCAAUUAAAUUUCCAACGCUGGCUUCCCAGAUUGUCGUCAGACUUGAGGAAAUGUGCAAAAAACAAUUAACAUUUCAAACGUGCUGAAAAAUCGAUGUUAAUUUGGCGUUUGCGCCGGUAAGCGGCCGCCGUGUGCGUCAUUCUGUAUUGACUGACUCUCUCCUUUCAUCAUAUCAUCUCGGAAUGCAUACUACUUCAGUUAUUCAAUGGUGUCACCAGCUCGAAAAUUCACGAGCACAACUCGACUUUUCCGAAGAACCUCUUCUAUUUUUCAUUAUAUCACCUCGGAAUGCAUACCCCCUCUGAGCUACUGCCUGCGAGGAUUUAAGUAUGAGCCCCAAGGCACAACAGAACGAGCAUGUUCUGUAACCUGAUCGGUGAGCGCCCAUCUGUCAUUAUAUAUAUAUAUAUAUAUAAUGGUAGGGGGCGCUCACCGAUCGUUCAUACGGAACUCACUCGUUCCGUUGUGCCUUAUGGACUCUCUCUCUCGAGCCCAACCAGCAGCCGCACAGCGGCGCAUGAUAUAUAGGCAGAAUGGUAUUGCCGACAAAGACAAGGGAGACUGGAAUGGCCAUUUCUGGCUUAUUAGCCGUCGUCAGCCAGCCACACCCAAGCCCGAAGUGUGGAACACCCGAGCCUCGAACUCGCGACCUGUUGGUUUAGAAGUCAACGCCUCUACUCACCGGGCCACGAGCCCGUUGCCUUGUCGGUUUUCGAUCGGGAAUAUACAGUGGUAGGGGGCGCUCACCGAUCGUAUACAGUGGUAGGGGGCGCUCACCGAUCGGUGAGCGCCCCCUACCACAAUAUAUAUAUAUAUAUAUAUAUAUAUAUACCAUACCCUACCAUAUGUAUAUAUAUAUAUAUGAAAAAUAGAAGAGGUUCUUCGGAAAAGUCGAGUUGUACGCGUGAAUUUUCGAGCUGGUGACACCAACCCGUCGUCAGACGAAAUGAAAAACGAGGGAGAAAGUUAGGUUGUCACAGUAGACCAGUUGGACAGAACAGACCACUGACGUGUGAGGAAGGGGGUGUGGGCUCCCGAGGUCAUGGUAGGUCACUGAGUGAGGGGCGGGGAAGGGCGAGGAGGCGGAACAAUUACGGCGCACCGUGCUGGAGGGGGAGGGUGGGUGGUGAAUCUGUUGGAAUGCGGGCGGUUGCAUUCGCGGUCGUUGAUGCGUGAUUAGGGCAGGGGGCAGUCAUUCGUGAACGUAGACCCUCGUAAUGGGCAUCUAAGUCAACGUGGCGGUUGAUACUACCCGCAUUGGAGUACCAAGCCUCGAGAAAUUCCCUCGCUCGCUUUGUGUUAGCCAUGGCGAUGACCUCAGUGCCAUCCCAAUUGAAUCGGUGGUUGUACUCGAGUGCAUGGGCAAAGACGAGGGACAGGGGGUCUCGCCGACGGAUAGCUAGUUUGUGUUCGUUGAUACGGGUGCCCAGGCAUCAACCUGUGUGGCCAACAUGCAAGAGCAAUUAGCACACGGGAUGCGAUAAAUUACAUUCGUUUGUUGCUCUUUGGGGAUGGGAUCCUUCACUCGAGAUAGUGCUGCGCGUAGUGAAGAUGCCGGUUUGUGGGCAGCGUGAAUACCCAAGCGGCUGAACUGCCGGGCGAUUAUUUCGGAAGUUCCACGCAUAUAUGGCAAGGAGUAGAAUUUUCGCGUCACUAUCCCUCCGUUGGGGGUGGGGUCUUGCGACUGCUUCUGGUGCCUGAGACAGUUCUUUACAAAACUGAUCGGAUAUCCGUUAGAGCGGAAUAACCGAUACAGGUGAGCAAGCUCUUUGUUCAGGAGAUCGUUGCUGUUACAAUAACGGUAGGCCCGGUGGAACAGAGUUCGGACGCAGCUUCUUUUGUGGGCUGCAGGGUGGUUGCUUCCAUAGUUGAGGAUAGUCUCGGAGUUAGAGUCUUUCCUAUGCACGCUUGUUGCCAUGCUACCAUCGCUCAACUUCUGUAUUCUCACGUCCACAAACGGCAAGCUGUCUCCAAUUGUCUCUUCUCGGGUAAACUGUAUGGCUGGAAAGACGUCAUUCAGUCUCUGGUGAAGACGUUCGACUUCGCCCUUCUUUAUCAUGGCAAAGGUGUCGUUAACGUAACGAAGCUAUAGUUUAGGCUUGAUAGUUUGGAAAACUAUCUCUUCUAGUCGCUGCAAAACUAGCUCGGCGAACAGUCCUGAUAUUGGUGAGCCCAUCGGGGUUCCCUUUACCUGUUGAUAGUACCUAUUAUCAAAUUGACAAUAGUUCCUAAGGCAAAAAUUUAGCAGUUCUAUAACCUGCUGCGUUGGGUUACUCAUUCAAUCGCCAAAUCGUGUUGUAUGGAAGAAAACAAGGCACGUGAUGACAAAAGUGUCAUCGACGUACCUGACCCAGAACUUCGGGGAGUACGAGCUGAAGACCAGCCACUUGAGACUCUGCAAAACCGCUUCGGCAACUAAUCCAAGCAGAGGGGAGCCCAUCGUUGUCCCCUUCUUCUGUUCGUAAACCUGACAGUUAAGUGUGAAGAAAGUUUUAAGACACAGUUCCAGGAGCUCGAUGAUGUGCACUCGCUUGAGGUGCUGGUCGGUUUCAUCUUACUUUUCUCGGAGAAGACUGUCGACAGUGCUGAUAGCCAUACCGGGCGUAAUAGAGGUGAACAACGAGACCACGUCAAACGACACCGUUACUUCGUCAGUCUCCACUUCUUGAUGUUGGAUCCGAGUCAAAAACUCUUCAGCAGACUUCAUUUAUGGUAGGAUUACGUUCACUGGCCGGGUCACGGGACAAGCUGGCCCCAUUGCGCUUGGGUGCUUAAUCUAUAGCCUCGUGUGUGGUAGCAUAACGGCUAAUAAUUAUGCAAGGGAAUCCCUGCAAUUUAGAAGCCACGCGCCGCGCCCUCCGUUGUUACUUAACACUGGGGAAACGGACGUUUUUUUUCAAUGGGAGGCAUAAUUUUUUAUAGAUUGAUAUUUCGUAUUUCCUUUUACCGAAAACCAGACAUUCAGAAGACGGGUACCACUACAAGUAAGUUAAGGCUUCAUUUAAACGCACAGAGCAGCGGAGAGGUUCGCCAAAAGGGAGUAAUAUUGUUAAAUAUUAGCAAAUACAGAAUAUCAGCACUCGGUUGAUCGUCCUUGGGCAUGUAAUGCACUAGUCGUUCUGUCAGGCAAACAUCAAAAGUGUCUGUGGUCGGCAUUUUCUCGCUUUGAGAAGCUCAUUUUUGCGUUGCGCCUGUUUCUUUUGAUAAGUGCGGAAACCUUUUCAGUUGGAUUGAGGUUGGGACUGCUGGCAUGAAUGAGAAUGGUUUGAAGGCUGCUGGUGGGGAGACUAUCUGUUGUGCAUUAAGUUAGGUUAUAGUCGUAGACGUUAUCACAUUCCUGCAGCUGGCAUUAAGGAAGGGCAUCCAAACAGAAUUGACUUGCUUAUGCGUAAAACACAGAAACGUGUUGCACAUUGAUACAUUCGAGAAACUUGGGUUUUUUGUAUGGAAAUGACCUUGCUUACAAUGCAAUUGUUAAAGGUUUAGUGUUCAAGAAGAAUUGCAGUGAAGGACGACGUUUCGGUUUGCAGAGAAAUUACUCUGAGACAAAGAGAAUAACAAUUUUAUUCUGUCGCCCGCGCACUAACAGCUUUUUCCACGACAAGACAUUCAAAUGUGCGUCCGUUUUGCCAUGGCUAUGUGACUGUCCUAGAAAAGGUGUCCCUCUUGACGCCGCAUAUAUUCCUACUUGAGUUGCAUCACUCAUCGUCCUCAGAACAUUUGCACGAUUCUGCCAUUGCGUUUGUACGUUAAAAUCGCAAAAUGAACUGUCAACAAUCCCGCGCUUUAGAUUAAUUCCUUUUUAGGCAGAACUACGACCACAACUUUAAAACUAGUGAUCAGCCUUCCACUACCGUACACAGACUUCACAGUAAUGCCAGCUGAACUGCUCACGGCACUUCGUCAAGUUAGAAAUGCGCCUUAAUGGAACUUUUAUGUUCAUGAGCCACACUAGUCGGAUGCUUUAUUCCAGCGCAUAUCAAAUCACAUCUCUUUUGGGCGGUUUAUGGGGGCAUUACCCUGCAAAGUUAUUGUGUCUGCAGUUGAUCGCUAGAUCGGCCGCCAUGCAAGCUUUCUGGCCACUCAGACCAUCAGGCGUCGAAAGUUCUUGAAAGUUGUAAUUGACACGGUGCGUCCUCGUGGGAGAUUCUUCCCACCCGGACCCCCUCCAUAGGCAUGUCUAAAAAUAAGACCUCAUGACAGAAGUAAACACACAUCGAGGAUGAAGGUUGAUGACCAACGUAGUCAUUAGCAAAUAGAAACAUUCUUCAGUCAGUCGCUUACAUAACAACAGCGUUAUCACGACCUUUUGCAGAUGAAAUCCAGAUUCCUUCAGACUUUCCCUGAUUGUACUGCGAGUGAGCAUUAGCAGGUGCUUUCCAUGAAUGGUCUUAACUAAUGAUAAGAUGAGUGAGCAUGCCGGAACGAGUUUAUUUUUAAUUAAUAGCUGAUCGUUUCACGUUAUUUUGGACGCGAGGGCUUCGGUUCAUCGGUGAUCCUCCAGCCUUCGCGUGUGGCAUCACGUGUCUUAAUUUUAAAGUUGUAAUUGCGCCUGAAAUAAAUCUUCAGACUUUGGCUAAGGUCUUUCGCACACGGUUUUUUAGGUGCGGCUCAGGAUUUCAUGCGACCUGUUAUUCAAUUCAGUAGAGUAACGAUGUAACGUUCACACCUGCCGAAAUGCCUUCACGUAGUGCAUUUGACGUACACUAAGAAUCGCCUUGCCACAUUCCGAUCACAAGUGCAAGGUACUGCUAUAUACUAGCAAACUGGCAGAUGUGAACGUUGCGCUUUUACCCUGCUGAACUUAUUACGUCCAGCUUAAAAAGUCGUACGGCGGUAAUUAUUAUGUGCUCAUCCCUUAGUUUCAGGCCAAGUAUAAUCAAUAGGUGUUCUGGCAGAUUCUUUAGUAAUUUAUUUUGACUCAUCUGUGAAAAACUCGGUGGGACCUCGUAGCUCAUGUGGCUCGAGCGUGGACUAUACCAAAGCCUUCCCCUUGCCGUCGUGGGUUCGAAUCCCACCGAGGUCACCUUGUCUUUCACAGUUGGGUCAAAUUAAAGUGUAAUCAGUUUGCGUUUUGCCUGACAUGUCGGCAGCUCGGCCCACUAACUUUUUUCGAAGACGCGAAAGCGUAAAAAUCGUUCAAUUGCCAGUGUGGGUUCCUCAGUUUUCAUCUCACUAGCUACGCUGAUUGCACAGACUAAUACUUGAGUCGGAAUAUUAUCCGCGCAGUUAGGAUAUCCUUGCGAGCACAGGUGCAUCCGCCUCUGUCGCAGUUAUCGAUCUAGAUAAUUAGCAUAGCCAGCAAAAAGGUAAUCGCCAGAGGAUCAACGUGGCCUGCCUUAUUGCAUCCCAGUGAUUUUGGGUCGUCUCAGUGUCCAAAGACAGACAACUUAUCCAAAACAUCAGACCGAAAGCAAGCUUGUCCCAGCAAACCCCACCUUCUUCCCAGGCUCAAAACUAUUGGGCAUGACUGUCUUAUAGCAGCCUGCAAACUUAAGCCAACAGCUCUAACUCUCUUUGCCCCUCUUAAUAUACAAUUUUCGCGAAUCCUUAUUCUCCCCCCACUCGCCAGCCCUUUUCAGCAUCUGAUGGCUCCUCAUGUGCAUCAGUUAUGGAGACUGCCUUGCUGGAUCUGCGGGACCACCAAAACCGAGGGUUAGACGUAAGUCGCUCUAUGCCCGAAGCUAACUACGAGGUUCGCCCGGCGGAUCCGCAGCAACAGCCAACUUCGAACACCAACACUGAUGAGCUGGAAGAUGUUUCCUCUCUCCCGGUCAGGAGGAGGAGAAAAACGCGCACCUUCUUUUCAGUGGACGCCGUUCGCCGUUUGAAUGCCCACUUUGACCGAAACCCUAUACCUAGGGGUAAGGCAUCUUAUCAUGUCGCUCGUGCUGUCUACUUAUACGGACAUAGUAGUCUCUUUUAUGUCUAUUUUAUUUCUACCAGGCUCUGAACUCACCAAGCUGGCUUCUGAAUUAGGCUACGAGCGCGAGAGCGUGCGAAUGUGGUUUUGCAACCGUCGCCAGCUGGAAACUAGUCCAAGUAAGAGACCUAAAAAGCAGACAACAUACCUGUCUGCUCCCAACAGCUGACAUCUGUCUGGACUUGCGCGCUACUGUCCUUUCUGCCCCGUCUUUCACCCACCUUAUGCAUUUCUGUGUUUGUCAGUUUACGAGCAGCCUUUCCAUGUAAUCCUAAACAAACGACGACGUGUGAUCUUUCUUGUCUUUGGUUCUGAAUUAUGCGACUGCCAUUAAGCUCGAGUCAAUUAUUAAAUAUGUGGUCGACCUAUAUCAUUUCUAAUUUUCAAAAAUAUCACCUGACAAACUGUCCGCUUGGUUGUAAGCCUAGGUUGCGCCUAUUGUGGGAGGAUUGUGAAACUGCCUUUUAGCGCUCUCGCAUUCCCUUUAUAAGCUCUGUUGUGCAUAUCAAAACGCCUGAGUUCUGUACCCCCCGAAUACGCACGCCCUUCAAGUGGGCUUGUCUCCCUCGAAUUUUAAUCUCCCUAGGGAUUGUGCUUUUAUCUCAGCUCCACUGCUGCGAUGAAAUUAUGCCUGGUAGUUAACUACAACAAGGGAUUUCUCACAUGGAAGUGUCACAUUUGAAAGCUCAAGAGACCAAGGCACGUACCUAACCAGACUGACCACAUGAUACGCAACGCUUUAUUUCUGCUGAAGGAUAAGUACCCACAAAUCCCAUCAUGUAUGGCGGGGAAUUAAUGGUGCUUGACCAUCAUAAUGGCGUCGAGAUUGUGCAUUCCUGCAGCGAUGGGAGCUUUCACAACAGACAAGCUGUACUGCUGCAAAGUAGUGCGCUUGUAUAGCCCUUGACUCCCCACUCAUUCUGGCCGAGGCUUAAGGGAGCUACCUGGUAACUUAAGUUCGUGCUCGCGCUUUUUGGCAGGCUUUCCUGGGUUGGUAACGUUUCGUAGCCUGUCGUAUGACUGUUUAUUAUUACUGGCGGGAGCUCGUGGGUGUUGAGCUAAGAAUGUCUGGUUUCGUGGACGGAUUCCUGACGGGAGAGGCGUUCGCGCCCUCCAUGGUAGAACAGUUGAGUGCAGUUCUUCGAUUUAGAAUUAAAUCCUCCCAGUUACUCCUUCGUGAGCUUUUCCAUAAUAAGUUCCCCAGGAAAAUCUUUAAGAUCUCAAGCACACUAAGGGGAGGUUAGUGCCGUAAAAGUUUUUGAAUGGUAGGCUACUUUUUGGUUGCUCUGUCUCCGUAGGAGGGUCUUGUUUGACCACAAAGAACACAACUACCACUUUGUUAACUGGAAGAUCUCAGGUAGGUAUGCCUUUUAUGUGCUAAAAUAACUUGUGAGAAAUGACAAUAAAGAAUGGCGCCGCCACUUGUGGCUUAUUAGUUCCUUCUCAUAUGACUGGUAUCAUUAGUCCGGACAUAUCAGUUCUUUGUCGGAAAAUAGGUCCACGUACAUCAACCCCAGCUCGUUUGCUGCUAGUUCUUUCGCUUGUCCUUUUUGAAUAAAGCACGAGGAUAGGUAACUUGAGCGAAGGCGGAAGUUUUUGUCAACGCCCUCCUCUGUCGUCGUUAUUAGGCUGUCGCCUAAACCAAACAGAUGUUAUGUACAUACAGUACGUGACCUUCCUCAUGAAAUCUGAUAACGGAAGCUGAGGAGAGAAUUUCUGGACGCCUUUAACAUUGAGCAUUUUGUUCGCCCAUCCACUUCCUUCAAUAAAAUGUCCUUUUGUGCAGAGCUUGCGUUUACGUAAUUAUAUCAAGUAAAAUAUCAGUAAAUUUUAGCGAAAAUGGACGUUGGAAUAUAUUCGUGCAAUUUCCUAUGCUAAUACAUGUCCUAGAUUCCGGUUACGCAUCUGAGCGACUUUUUUUAUUGAAAGGAUAGUAAUUUAUCCGCGAGAGUUUUAAUACGCAGAUUUAGCCGGACUAUAAAUUUUGUUUUAUGUCCAAUGUAAAUCAUGGUGAUCAACCUGCCAAAACAAAGAUUAUUUUAAGAAAACCAGAGGUUUUAUCAAUUUCUAUAUGUCAAAUUAGCAGAUCUGUGCAAUUUUGUGCCCUAAAGUACAGUAAUAACGCAGAUAGAAAUUCCUUUGUUUAAGUGGGCUGAAAUUUUUUGCCGUUUGGAAAAUUCUACCCGAUGUAACAUAGAUGACCACUACGGAAUGGUCAUUUCCAGCUUCAAACAUAUGAAACACAAAUUGUCGUGUAGUUAAGCUUCUGUGCAUAUCGUAUUUACAAACAGAACGAGCAAAACAUUUAUAGUUUCAGCAAAAUAUCAGUAUUUAUAUGGGCAUUCUGCCGUGCAUUUAUAAUCGAAGAACGGAGUCUAAAAGCGAGCAAAAACAGUGGAAAUGGCCUCAGUAUAUAGAGAAAGGCAUGUUCUUACGUUCACGGUAGAAAAAUAUCGGUAUUUCUUAGGAACGCGAAAGAAACGGCCAAAAGUGUCAAAUUUUUACUUGGUAUCAACGUGCAAAAAUGCAAAGCACACAGAGAUCCGUCAACGGAGUGUAGUAAUAAAGCACUUUAUAAAGAGGUAACUUAUUGAGGAGAGUUGUUUUGUUGAUCAAAGGCAUAUUCGUUGCUGACUUUCGUUGUGGACAGACAUUUUUCUCGAAAAUGAACGUUUGAAUGAGUCUUCACAUUUGACCCAAACGAUCAUCUUCGUGAAAAGGAGCGCCCAAACACUCACUAUUUCGGUAAAUGCCUUCAAAAAUAAUCUUAUUUUACAGUUUCCAACAGACAGGUAUUUCAGAAUCUGUCUUUAUGGCAUGUCACCUUAUGAAACCUUUUGUUCCUACGACGUCUCCAUCGGCGAAAUCAAGCAAAAUCCCAUUUCUCUUGUUAAAUCUCAUCUCGUUUAACUGAAAAUACACAAGGAUAACACAAAACGCUGGAAAACUGUUUUGGAAUCUACACUCAGAAUGUAGGUAGUUAACAAUCCGUCAUACAUGAGUUCAAACCAAGAAUUAAACGAUAUUUAGAUGUAAACUACACUAAAACACUGUCAUUAGACGUUAUUUUAUGUCUACUUUCAUAUUUUCUACGUUUUUGUUAUGGGUAUACAUUCUAUACAUCUAAAACCGAAGUUUACUAAAUUAGAGCCAUUUCUGACGUUUUCGGUACAUUGCGCUUUUCUAAAAACGGCAUUUCUAAACAACGCAACACUGUCUUUAAUAUUUCUUUUAUGUUUUUAAUUCUUUUAAGCUUGUACUUAAUUGACAUAGACACUGGACUCAUGAAAUGGUGUCGGUUUGCGAGUGAUUGGCAAUCGUUCGUAAAUUUCGACACAUUUCAUGAGUUAGGUCACUAACUGUACCUGGGGCCGAGUUGAAGUUGUUCGCUGCUUAACGGAUUGAACUGCAAAAGGAAUAUGAUUAUCUCCUGGAAUGUCGCCUUUCGAAUGUCUUUUGCCACGUCUUUCACUUCCUGCCAAACUCAUUUUGUAAAUCUGGUCCGGAAACACCAAAACCAUCUGGAAUUUUAGCCUAUAACCCUUGUAUAUGCACGCUGUAAACGCUAGUCUUGUGAGAGACUACAAAUCAGGGCCACUGACAAAUCCGUCUAAACUCAAAUCGACCGGGGAUAUUUUGACUGCGUUUGCAGAAUGACGAACGACGUGUUUUUUCCUGCUCUCCUCCAAGACUCCCAAAGCAGACUGGGAUGGCCAGUCCUCAGCCCUUCUUUCCAGCACUGCGAACAGUGCCGAACUUUGCAACGUUCUGUGCCGCAUUUCGGUCUGUCGAUGGUGUGUAUCUCCCUCAGGGUCGACUCAUCGAUUUGUGGUGCUUUUUGCCUUCGUCAGUACGAUGGACAUUUAACGACCUGCGAUCUUUUCGAAUGCGGUUGUCAGUAUGGCAGGUCGCAACAUCGACAAAAGAUGGUUCACCUGCAUCCGCCAAAUUUAUUGUCAUUCUUCCAUUGCCUUGUCCGUACUAAUUUUUUAUGGUCAAUGCCCGCUGAGCAGACACGGUGCUUUCCCCGGUUGCAUCGACUUGUUGGUCUGUCUGCCCAGGUUCGUAGCAAGCUUGCAGUGUCACAGACUGAAAUUACCACCAACUGAUCCGGUGGUGACCAUAUACACCCACACAGACACUUUUACGCACUUCCGCAGGCAAUUUCACCCUGUAAUUCAUUUCUAACGUUCUUAACCCUCAAAGUUGCGGAAUGUUAUUUUCGAGUGACGUUCAUUGGCAUCUAAAAAUGCCUUCUCUUAAGCAUUUGAUUUGGCAAAGUCAGCUUUUAACUCCUUCAAGAGGCAAAAGGUUUCAAAAAAUACUGGUGAGUAUCAGGAAUUUCGGACAUGCUGUGAAACACCCGGCAUAACCUUUAUUGCGCGGCAAUUUUAGGAAAGAUUUUAGAAUCUCAGAACUAGCAUGCGCACCGUCUUCGUCGAUCCCACAAAGGUCUGCGAUACCGUGAACCAAGACGGAUUACAGAAAAUAUAUUUAAAACUUGGAUGUUCGGAGUGACUCAUGCAAUAAAGCAACUAACCACAGGAUGGAAUGGUGGCAGGUGUCGUGGACAGCAGGUCAAACUAGAAAACCUUCGCGGUGACAAAUGGAAAAAAAAGGAGUUUCAUAUCCGUUUCCACACUCUUCAACCUAUUGCUCUUUGUUGAAAAGAGGGUACUCAGGGCCACGAUUCACUGCUCUAUUCAUGGUUGACCGCGCACCGAACAGCACAACUAAGGCGGACACGCAGCGAAUGCAUCAACCGAAGAAAACAUCGAAUGCACUGUAAUUGCGAACGACUGUUUUUCAGCCAUAGGCUAUUUCGCACCACUUUAAUAAACAUCGAAAUCAACGAGGAGAUCUUCCAUCUGGUCCCUAAAGUCAGCUAGGCUUCCAUGAGGCUGCAAUACCCGGUACGUAAUCUCUGUGACACCAUUAACAACAAGAAAAUGAAGAUAUAUAUAGCUGUCUUCCCGAACACGUCGUUUUACGGAAUGUACACAUGGGCAUUUUUCCAACGCCACACAAUAUAGCCAAGUAAUUCUCAUUUAAACCUUCUUCAAAGGAAACUGGAGAGGUAGGAAGGGAUCCUGGAAUCUGUCGAUAUGCUUGGUACUUAUGUCAUGCUGAAACACACUCAAAUUCUGCGGAGCGGCCACAUCGUGAGGACGGUUCUUGAAAGUCUGCCUAAGCGGCUCAUAUAUGGUAACGUUUCUGAAGGCACUACUGGGCAAAGCAAGCAAAGGCAAUCAUAAGAAGAGGCUUUAAAGAAUUCGCACAACUUUCUUGAAAUUAACCACAGGUCCUCAGGCACUUACGCGGAACCGGCAGGACGAUUACCUUCCUUAAAAGAGUAGUGGUCACGUACGCUUGUCCAUUCAACCUCAUUAUCUAGCACACGUGCUGCGCGGAGAAACUCCUACAAGGUCCCGUCUGCUCAUCAAAACAAGCGAUACAGUUAAAGAAAUGUGACCAGACAGUAAAAGGCAAGUUAGUCUGGCACCCCGGCACAGUUCUGCCGUCUGUCAUGAAAACUCACUGCUAGAUCCGCCCCGCCUGCUCAAGUACACCUAGAUUGUCGCCGCGCACUGAGAUGUUUGCUUGUCAAAAAGUAUUUACUGCUGACCUGAUGGGAUAUCUGCGAACCCAUCGCAGCAUGACUGGGGAGCUAUCGCCUGGGGUCUCCAUGAGUACCGGCCAGGUCCUCCUUAUUUGCCGGCACUGGCCGGCGCUCUUCGCCACUGUACUGACCUCUUCAAUCACACGCUCAUAGGCGACGAUAUUUUGGAUUCGGCGAAGUUUGUCGUCAAUGAGGGGCGACGCAUCGUGUGGCGCGCUCUGAACGAAGCCUUCGGACCCUGUCAGUCACUGCGUCCAGUCUAG